AUGUCUGCGCGUGUUUGGCUUGUGACUGGAGCAUCUUCUGGAUUUGGGCUGGAUGUGACGAAAGUUGCUUUGCGCAUGAAAGAGAAAGUUGUCGCCGUCUCUCGCAACCCAGACGACUUGAGAAAGCUGGUAGAAGCCAACCCAGAUGACCUGAUUGCCAUUGGGUGUGACGUGACGGUCGAAGAAGAUGUGAUCACCGCUUUUGCUUCAGGCGUCGAGAAAUUCGGGCAGAUCGAUGUUGUGUUCAACAACGCCGGCACUGCGAUACUCGGCGAGCUGGAAGCUGUUCCAAAUAAAGCGGCUCGUGCCCUUUUCGAAGUCAACUUCUGGGGUGCGUUGAGCGUCAGCAAAGAGGCGGUGAGAGUCUUUCGGGAAGUCAACCCCGCUGGUGCAGGUGGUAGACUUCUCAACAUGAGCUCUGGGGUCGGAUUCUCUGCGAUGCCUCUCUCCGUAAACAUGGCAACGCUUGAAGGGCUAACAGAAGCACUCGCCGGUGAAGUCGACCCUGCCUGGAAUAUCAAGGUUCUGAGAUCGCCGCUUGUGCAUUGCGAUGGUUCUCAUGACAGACAGAUUUCCGUUAUUGGGCCCGGUGCGUUCAAGACGGGCAUGCAUGGUGAUCGUACGCUCAAGUUCCCUGCGCCAUCGGCCUAUGAUAAAGAAGGACUUCCGUCGCGCUUCGUUCGUGAGUGGUUUGAAGACGGAAGUGGCAUCCGCGGUAACCCAGCAGCGGCUGCUGAGACGAUAUUCAAGUUCUCUCAACUGGAAACACCCCCCAAGCGUUGGGCUGUUGGGAAAGACGCAAUUGGUGGGGUGAGAAUCAAGAUAGCCGCUGUUUCAGAGGAGACCACCGCAUUCGAGAGCUGGUCGGAUGGCCUGGAGCUGCCAAUCAAGCCUGAUAAUGUUGGCCCGAAGUAA